CUGUUGGAUUCUUUUAGCUUGUUACGGAUUCUGCUCAUGAUUUGGCCUGUCUCAGUGAACCAGUAAUGACCUUUAAGUAACGUUUUAGGGUUUUAAUUUCUCCUUGGAUGAAUGAUGUAAAUCCUUCUUUAGGUUACAGAAGGGAUAAGAUGGCUGAGCGAUUAUUACAAUCUAUGUCAAGGGUGGCUGGCCGCUGUAAUCCAGAUUGCGUGAAAGCAAACAAUGAGCAAGAAGAUUACGAUGCAUCUCAGUCUGCAGCUUUGGUAGCCGUGAAUCUGAUUAGCUCUGCAAGGUUUAUGCUCAAACUCGACACUGAAUUUACCGAGUACUCAGCUCAGUUUUUGAUGGAUAACGCUGGAAAGGAAGACGACCCGGGAGAAAUGGAUCAACAACGCUGUCAAGUCACUACCGAAAACUGCCUUCGUUACUUGGCGGAACACGUUUGGACCAAGAGGGAAGAUCGGCAGAGAGACAUGGAUCAACAACGCUGUGAGCUCACUGUCAAGGACUGCCUUGAACUUGCUUUUAAAAAGGGGCUACCGAGAAGAGAACAUUGGGCACAUCUGGGAUGUACGUUCAAGGCUCCCCCAUUUGCUUGUCAGAUACCUCGUGUUCCCGUGAAAGGAGAAGUGGUUGAGGCUAAGACUUAUGAUGAAGCAUUCAAGCUGUUGAUGCAUCAACCGGUGGGAGCAAAACUGCAUUUGUUCAGUCCGCAAAUUGAUCGUGUUGGAGAGGGGAUUUACGAUGGCCCCGCGACAGGUAAUGAAACGUGCUAUGUUGGACUUAGAGAUGUGCUAAUAGCUUCAGUGGAGGAGUUCGAGGGAGAUACUGUUGCUAUUGUGAAGAUCUGCUACAAGAAGAAGCUUUCAUUUAUCAAAGUGUCUUUGACCCGUAUGUUUCUCUCAGCACCACAUAAUGGUGACGAGUCUAAGUUCAUAGGGCCAACAGGUCUGCUUGUUGACUUCAUUGUCCCGCGCUUAUCUAUCAACUAAACAAGACCUUAGCUCUUGGUAAGUAUCUGGAGCACUAUAUGCUAGUUGUGGUCCUACAAUAAGAGUUGUGUUAUGAGACUAUUUUCUGUUAGUUAAGAAGUCAAGUAUCUUGAAAAACAUAUCCUAGUUGUGGAACUUGUUUGUUGUCUGAAAUUAUGAUUAUCUAUAAGCUGAAGAAGUCUUUGAACUUGUUUAUCACCUUUUUAAAA